UACGCCAUGAGGGUUCUAGUGCCGAUACUUCUUUUGUGCGUGGCGUCAAGCUGGUCUGCCAAGGUGACGAGCACCAGGAGUAAGACCCAGCAUGAGAAGGCAGACAAGAGAGAGCAGUCAGUUGGGAACAAUGGCAUUGAGAAGAGAACCCCGCUGCUACCUACAGUGUCAUCGGCAGAGUCUCCCGGCAUCCAGUACGCUGACACAAAAGCCUCUCUACCUGACAGGUCACCAAGUCAGCAAAUCUACGCUAAUCAGGAGCCGCAGCUGACAAAGAUAUCGGACGUGCUGAGCCAGGGACCACCGUUCCAGGCUGCCAUCGCAAACCAACUUUACUCACCCGUAUCUAUUUAUCAUAACAGGUUUGCCGCACCAACAACGUAUGAAGUAUCACAGCCCGUUCCAUCUCAACUAGCCUACGCUGAACACAGACUGUCAUUACCAACACAGAACGCUAUUCACGAUGUUCAAGCCCCACGGUUCCAGAAGGGCAACUCAGAGAACUACCCUGGGCAGAUAAUACUUCAACAGCCAUAUGAAGCAACACUGGCACCACAGACACCAACAAGUUACCCGCAGCAGCAAAUCCAGUAUAAUCAGAUUCAGCAAAAUUAUGCUGAAAAUCAAAUAGCGUUUUCGCAAGAACAAAAUGCCCAACCGGUCUCAUACACUCCUGCACCAACCGGAACCACAGUCUAUCAAACAGAGCAAAAUCAAAUCAAAGUUGAGCCAACACAGGUGACAAUACAGCCACAGCAAAACAUACAACAGGCCCAUAACCAAAACCAGGGAGCUGUUAGUUACGCAUCAUUCGCACAAAAUCAGCAACAGCAACAGCAACAACAACAACAACAACAAGCUGGGAUUCAGUUGCAACAACAGAAUACACAACUAAAUUACCAACCACAACAACUGAUUAAGUAUCAACUACAACAUCAAGUACCACUUCAAGUUCACCAGGAAAGACAACCUCAUGUGCAAAUACAGCAAUAUCAACCCCAAGAGGCACAGUACCAAAUUCAGAACUACCAACCGCAACCCCAAUUCAAUCAAAUACAGUCUCAACAGUAUCAAAGCAUACCACAACAAUAUCAAAUCCAACCACAACAAUAUCAAAUCCAACCACAACAAUAUCAAGUUCAACCACAACAGUAUCAAAUUCAACCACAACAGUAUCAACCUCUGUACCAACCUCAGCAGAUAAACUUGCAGCCUCAGCAGUACCAAUCUGACUCAAAGCUCCCACAAUAUCAAAUAGCCUCAGGUCCAGUACAACAAUACCAGAUCCAGCCGCAGUACAACGUCAAGAGUCCAGUGAACAAACAGUACAAACCAACUGCAGCAGCUGCACAAAUCCAGCCCCAGUACUCGGCAAGUCCAGUGCAGAGCCUCGGGUAUCCGGGUCAUUUAGCUCUGCCCACUUUCCCCCCAGUACAAUAUUUUGGUAAAUUCGCACAUUCUAUUUUCGGGCAUUGAAAUAUUUACAUUGGAGAUACUGCACUUGUAGGCAUGUCAAAUUAUUGAUAGUAAAACAAUGGCGGAAUAUGUUAAAUGUUUACAAAUAGACAAUUUGCUUAUGAUUGGUUUAUUUGGACGUAUAACGUUUCCGUGUUUAUUUGUAAGGCUGCCUGACAUUCGGAAAACUUCUGAAUUAUCAUUGUAUUGACAGUGUUGUCAUCGAUAUAGUCAACAUUUUGCAUAUUCUUGGCUUAUUCUCAGGUAUAACUUUAUGCCAUUUUUAUUUGUAAGGCCGUGGUUGUUGUUAAGUAAAUGAUUAUACCGACUGAAACAUUUUUAACCUUCAAUGAAAUGAAAGUCUAAAGAGAUUGAUAUGUAAUUAUUUUAAAUGAUUUCUACCUUUUAUUUGUCAUUUUAUAUUCAAAUGUAUAUUUUUGAAUGUAUAUUAUGGAUAAAAGUGGAUAAAUACUUAGUUCAGUCUACGCUCAUCGCCGAAAAUAUUAUGAAUGUUGAUAUUCUUGUAUCUAAAACUUCACGAAUAUACCUGGUACUCAACUGGUACUAUGAUAAUGAAAUUAAAUAUAAGUACUUGAGAAUAUUUUAACUAAUAAGUCUAUAUUUAAAUGUAAAUAUAAUAUAUAAUAGUACUACAAAUAUAAACUAAAAUUAUA